AUGGCUACUAGGUUAGCUAAUUUGUUGCAGGGUUGUAUAGAUAAGAAGGCCCAUUUGGGUGGGAAGAUUAUUCAUGGGGUUAUACUACGUAAUAAAGCAUUAUUCUUUGAUACGUUUUUGGGGAAUAGACUUAUUGAGUUGUACUCAAAGUGUCGUAAUUUGGGUUAUGCUCACCAGAUGUUUGAGGAAAUGCCUAGGAAAGAUGUGUACUCAUGGAAUGCGGUUUUGGGUUGUUGUUGUAAGGCUGGGAGGUUGGAGGAGGCUGAGGAGUUGUUUCUGAGAAUGCCUGAGAGGAAUGUUGUGUCGUGGAACACGCUGAUUGGUGCGUUUGUCCAAGAUGGUCAGGAGGAGAAAGGGUUGGGUGUUUAUGAGGCAAUGGUGUCGGAGGGAUUGUUGGCGACGAAUUUUACACUGGCGAGUGUGUUCAGCGCGUGUGGAGGGUUGUUGGAUGUGGAGAAGGGGAGGAAGUGUCAUGGUCUUGUGGUGAAGGUUGGCCUUGAGGAGAAUGUGUACGUGGGAAAUGCUUUACUGUGUAUGUAUGCGAAGUGUGGAGUAAUGAGGCAUGCAAUGCAGGUUUUCGGUGAUUUGGCUGAGCCGAAUGAGGUUACAUUUACGGCUAUAAUGGGGGGGGGGGGGGGGGGCUGAAGCAAACGGAUAGAGUUGCGGAGGCUUUGGAAAAGGCUGAUGUGUAGGAAAGGAGUGCGUGUUGAUUCUGUCUCGUUGUCGAGUAUGUUGGGUGUAUGUGCCAAGGGGUGGUGUCAGUCUGAUGUUUUUGAUCAUAAUGAUGGGAUUCCGAGUAAUGUGAAUGGGCAACAAAUACAUGGCCUUACUGUUAAACUUGGGUUUGAGGAAGAUCUUCAUUUGAACAAUUCAUUGCUUGAUAUGUAUGCAAAGAGUUCGGACAUGAAGAGUGCUGAGAAGGUUUUUGCUAGUAUACCUGAAGUUAAUAUAGUUUCUUGCAAUGUCAUGAUUACUGGGUAUGGUCUAAUAUAUCAGAGCCAGAAAGCUAUAGAAUAUCUACGAAGAAUACAAUCUUGGGGCUUUGAACCUGAUGAGAUCACUUGUAUCAAUUUGCUUGCAGCAUGUGUCAAGUCUGGUGAUAUAGAAAAUGGCCGUCAAAUGUUCGAUAACAUCUCAUGCCCAAAUGUGAUAUCAUGGAAUGCCAUACUAUCUGGUUAUUACCAGAAUGAAGACCACACGGAGGUAAUCAAGCUUUUCAGGGAAAUGCAGUUUCAGGGUGUGCAACCUGAUCAAACUACUUUGGCAAUUGCCCUGAGCUCUAGUGCAGCAAUGGGGAGUUUGAAGGCUGGAAAAGAGAUCCAUGCUGCCUCACACAAGGCUGCCUUUGAUACAAAUGUAUAUGUUGCGAGCGCACUUAUUGGCAUGUAUUCGAAGUGUGGUAAGACAAAAAUGUCAAAACAUAUAUUUCAUAAUAUGCAAGAGUUGGAUGUUGUUUGUUGGAACUCCAUGAUAGCAGCUCUGUCACUCAAUUGUCAAGAUAAGGAAGCUUUCACUUACUUUAAGCAGAUGAUGCAACAUGAGAUGAUUCCCACCCAAUUUUCUUAUGCUACUAUACUGAGUUGCUGUGCGAAGCUAGCUUCUUCGUUUCAAGGGAAACAGGUUCAUGCUCAGAUAACAAAAGAUGGACAUGUGAGUGAUGUCUUUGUUGGGAGUGCUCUCAUCGGUAUGUAUUGCAAAUGUGGUGAUGUAGAUGGUGCCCGGAACUUUUUUGAUACGAUGCCAAGCAAAAGCACUGUUACUUGGAAUGAAAUGAUACAUGGGUAUGCACAGAAUGGACGUGGAGAUGAAGCUGUUCUUCUGUAUUGGGACAUGAUUGCCUCAGCUGAGAGACCUGACUACAUUACUUUUGUUGCCGUUUUGACUGCUUGCAGCCAUUCUGGAUUAGUUGAUGCUGGCAUUGAAAUAUUCAAUUCAAUGGAGCACAAACAUGGAGUGGAUCCAGUCCUGGAUCAUUAUACUUGCAUUAUUGAUUCUCUCGGCCGUGCUGGUCGUUUCCAAGAAGCAGAAGCCGUACUAGAUGAUAUGUCGUAUAAGGAUGAUCCAGUUAUAUGGGAGGUUUUGCUUAGUUCUUGCAGGAUUCAUGCUAAUGUGAGCUUAGCUAAAAGAGCAGCUGACGAACUCAUCCGCUUGGACCCACAUAAUUCAGCUCCAUAUGUGCUUUUGGCCAAUAUUUAUUCUUCUUUAGGAAGAUGGGACGAGGCAAGAAAUAUGAGAGAUCUAAUGAGUGACAAACAAGUCGUCAAGGAUCCAGGUUAUAGCAGGAUUGAGUAUGAGAAAAUAGUGGGAUCAUAACUACAUGUUUAUCGAUGAUUAAGUAUGAGCAAGAAAUAUAGAUUCUUGGUACAAUGCCUAGAGUCUGAGCAUCGCUAUAGAGGCAUGCUUUGGUACUUCUUCACAGCACAGGCGAAGCUGGUUACUUGGUAUCAAGUGGAACAGUAUCUCAAGAGGUGAUAAACCCACUUAGCAGAGCAUGCUACAUCACCUUGUGGGUAUUUGGAUUGAUUAUUUAUCCGUAGCAACUAUUAAAUGUGUCAAGCUUUAGCAUCUCUAAAAGCCCUGUGCAGUUUGUAUGAAUGACUGGCAGGGCUGUGGAGGACCCUGUCUGCAUAUAAUUCCAGAAGUGAAGGGGUGAGUAUAUUGAAGGUGUUGGUCUUAUUAUGCCUGUAUACCUUCGCAGGAUCCUUUCUUUGCAGGUUGUAUAUGUUUUGUGUGAUGAUCAUAUUUAAUAACUGAAUCACAUAAUAUUGAUGAUGCCCAUUCAUCUUGGCUGUACCAGGUCUCUGUUGCAGCAUCCAUUGUCCUUUCUUUCUGCAUCAUCAGCAUUUAUAUGGAGAACACAAACAGCAAGAUCACUGCCAAUAAGAUAAUUUAAGAUGGAUGUACCAGCUUUGGCUAAUGCUUCAAAUGGUGUACUAUCUUUUCCCCUUGAAGAGAAGAGGAACAACAAAGUUAACAGGAUAGAUGAUGAAUUAAUCCCAAAACUAAAGGCUUUGCUUUAAAUCUAUUAGUAGCUAGCUAUACUGAAUAGCG